AUGGCACCGAGUGCACGAGGCUGGCAGAUGAUCGAGAUCGUCACCGUCUUGGUGGCGCUGUGUUUUAUCUCGGUCGUACUCAGAGUGGUCGCUCGUUUGCAAAGGAGGGUUGGAUUUGGCGUCGACGACUAUCUAAGUGUCUUGUCAAUGGUGUUGAUGAUUGCCAUGCUCAUUGAAUUGGGGUUAUGGUGUUCGAUCGGAGGCAAUGGGGCCCACAUCAAAGAUCUCGAUGCAGAUACUCUCAUAAACUACUGGAAGAUCUUUCUCGCAAACCAAUUCACCUACUUCCUCCUCUGCCCUGCCAUCAAAAUCUCCAUCAUCUGCUUCUACCGCCGCGUCUUCACAACCCCCCCACUUCCAAACCUUCACCUUCGGCCUAAACUGCCUCAUCGGCGCAUGGGGAACAGGCAUCUUCCUCGCUUCGUCGAGGGCCACUGCUUCGACGCAAACCUCUUCUUCAUCGUCAACCAAGCCUUCAAUGUCUUCAUGGACUUUGUCAUCCUCAUCCUGCCAGUCCCUAUGAUCUGGAAUCUCCAUCGUGCAUGGCAAGAUAAGCUCGCGUUGAACGGCGUGUUCGCACUGGGCUUUUUCGUGUGCUUCGCUAGCAUAUACCGCAUCGUCGUGCUGUUCUGGAUUAGCCCCGCUGAUGCCACUUAUACGGUCUACCAGGCAACCCUCUGGACACACGUUGAGCCCUCUGUCGGCUUGAUAUGCUCCUGUCUCCCGAUAAUCCGCGGUCUGUUCCCGGCGCUCAAGUUGAAGAAUCGGUCUAAUCGGAGCGAUCGCCCUUACUAUAUCAAUUCUGAUAUCAGUAACUCGAAUUUCUUGUCCAAGUCUAGUCCGCGCUCGCCGGAUCUGGAGUAUGUCAAGAUGGAAGCUGGGAUACAUGGGUCACAGAUUGACCGGACGGGAAUGGGUCGAUUUUUGGGUGAUGAGUUGCAUCCGUUGAAUAUCAAGGUUCAGACUGAUAUUGCGAUUACACCGGAGAAUGACUCUGCUACGUCUGAGACUGCACGUAUUUCGCAUCAGUGA